CGUAGAGCGGUGUGCGGUGGUGGCGGCGGCAGCGGCAGAAGAGGUAGGAGGACGGGGUGACGGUCAGUGCCGCCAUGGCGGAGGACGAGGGCCUGGUUUCUGUGGACUACGAGGUGUCCGGCAAGGUGCAGGGCGUUUUCUUCCGCAAGUACACCCAGGGGGAGGCUAAGAGGCUGGGGCUCGUUGGUUGGGUCCAAAACACCAGCCAUGGCACCGUACAAGGGCAAAUUCAGGGUCCGGUGGCCAGGGUGCGGGAGCUGCAGGAAUGGCUCAGGAAGGUUGGGAGCCCCCAGUCCCGCAUCAGCCGAGCCGAGUUCAGCAAUGAGAAGAAAAUUGCAGCGCUGGAGCACAAGGACUUCCAGAUCUUGAAAUGACUUUGUCCAGGAAGAAGCAAAAGCUGGAGUGUGAGCUGCCCUCACGAAACAUUUCCCCCUUUCCCUGUUUGUUCAGUCAGCCAAUGUUCAGCUCUAGAGAACUUUAUUUUAUUAUAUUUCUAAUUUAUUGGUUUGUUGGACUGUUAGCCUAAUGCUCAGUCUUUCACAAAGCUUUGGCAGGUAGGGGUGUGGUGUGUAUUAAAGGGGCUGUUUCAGGACACGGCCUCUUUAUUCCUGAACGCGUGUACAGAAUGGGGCUUGAGUAGUUGUAUGUGAGUAAAAUUUGUAAUUUGUGUGGCAUUGUGCUCACCUGAAGGAAGUCACAGACUCAAUGCUGAUACUAAAUAUUGCUAAAAAUGUUAUUUCUGUGCUCUAAAUGCAUCAUAAACAAUUUAUUUUGUUCCAGAACUUUAUUUUUUCUGUAUUCAGCGCUCUGAAUGUCUCAGAAACAAUUAAUUUUGUUGGAGAACUUUUUUUUUUUCUGUAGAAUAAAACUGCUUGGAGCUUC